AUGGGAAAAAUUAAAGAUGUUCUCAAUUCGAUCAACAAGGACGAAAAGAACAUUUCGCGAACCGGUUCCAAAGGAACUAUUGACACCAAAACCCCUCGUCGCCCUUCAAAGGCUUCUUCUAAAGAGACUGUUGAGUCCGUAGUCACUCCAGUGGUUGUAGGCAGCGAGCCUAUCCAGGAAAACAGCAGGAAGCUCAGUAUCAAGACUGAUAUCCCGGUUGAAGUUGUGGAUCGCCGAUACUCCACCGCCGAACCCCUCAGUGCGAAGAUUGUCGCUGACACUGAAAGUCAGAAAGUUGCUGCACCUGUUACUCACAAUCUGAUCAAGCACGAGGAGGUCGAAGAAAUAACCAGAGCGAAAGAGCAUGAGAGGCAUUUACACUACGUCCAGCACCAUGUCCAGCCCGUAAAAGAUAAGGAGAUACUGGAGGAGGUGCAUCGCACCCAAGUAGCACCAGUGACAGCCGUUCAUGAGAACAUUGAAGCCAGCGCUGCAGACGCCGCAGCUUAUGAGUCUCUCGGAAGUCAAUUCAAAAACGAGGUUGUCCAUGCUCCCGUGGAGAAAAAGAUUAUCGAUCAUGGUGAAAAAGUUCAGGUUAGAGAGCACCAUCACGUCCAUCACGUGGUUCAACCUGUUAUCGAAAAGGAAACCCACGAGCGACACAGAAUACACACGACCAUCCCUAUCCACCAUGUCACUCACGAAGCUCCCAUCAUUCAGCAAUCCAUUAAUCAUGAACCGUUGCAAAUGGAAGAGUUUUUGAAAAGAGGGGGCUCCGUGAGCUCUGGUUUGACACACACCGAAAUCGGCCAAACCUUACUCACCGAAAGACGUGCUAGCGUCGUCGCAACUGUUCCCAACGAGCCGGUCGCUGUGACGAGUGCCACUGCCGAACUUGAAACCGAUCUUUCCAAGAAGCUGAACAUCUGA